AAAUCCAAAGCCGUCCGUUCCUCUAAGCCAACGGUCUGGAUCGAGAUACUAGAAGCUUCCCUAGGUUAAGAGCCGCUAUAUAAACGUUAUGAGAUCUUUCGACUGAGAGCGUGGUUUGCUCGUGCCUCCUCCUCCUCCUUUCAAACUAGGGUUUAAGUUCGAUCGUCAACUGCUUCAAUGGGGAAAUCGUACCCAAAGGUCAGCGAUGAGUACUUGACGGCCGUGGAGAAGUGCAAGAGGAAGCUCCGUGGAUUGAUCGCGGAGAAGAACUGCGCUCCUCUGAUGCUUCGUAUUGCGUGGCAUUCCGCUGGGACCUACGAUGUGAAGUCAAAGACUGGAGGUCCUUUUGGUACGAUGAGGCACAAGGCCGAGCUGGAUCACGGCGCCAACAACGGGCUCGAUAUCGCUGUGAGGCUCUUGGAACCGAUCAAGGAGCAGUUCCCGAUCUUGUCUUAUGGUGAUUUCUAUCAGCUUGCUGGAGUUGUUGCUGUGGAAGUAACAGGUGGACCUGAGGUUCCCUUCCAUCCUGGCCGCGAGGACAAGCCCGAGCCCCCUAUGGAAGGUCGUCUUCCUGAUGCCACCAAAGGUUGUGAUCACCUUAGGACAGUCUUUAGUGAGCAAAUGGGUUUGAGCGACCAGGAUAUUGUUGCUCUGUCUGGAGGUCAUACUCUGGGCAGGUGCCACAAGGAGAGGUCAGGCUUUGAGGGUGCUUGGACUUCAAAUCCUCUCAUCUUUGACAACUCUUAUUUCAAGGAGCUUCUGAGUGGGGAGAAGGCCGGCCUUCUUCAGCUGCCGUCCGACAAGGCUCUUCUCUCUGAUCCUGGCUUCCGCCCACUUGUUGAGAAAUAUGCUGCAGACGAGGAUGCUUUCUUUGCUGACUAUGCCGAGGCUCAUAUGAAGCUCUCUGAGCUAGGGUUUGCUGAAGCUUAAGGUAAUGAAUCCGACAUCAGGUGAAGGGUCUUCAUGCUUGUUGCUUCUCUCGGCAAAUUCUAGGAUGUCAGUUUGGGGAAUGAAGCAGAAUUGGUAUCAGAACACUAUGUGUAAUAAUUAAGAUCUUAUUUUUGCCAGCUAGCCUUCAUUCUGUUUUGUUGAUACUCUGAAGUCUGUUAUUGCCAUUAUCCUAGGUUACUGCUUAUGUUACUAAGUUUAGCUUUUCCCUUUC